UUUUGCUGCUAAAAGUUAUUUGUUAAACGCCUUUGAUAAAUAUAUAAGUGUUAUUGCGGUUCUGUUUAUAUACAUUUUAUAGAAAAAAAACAACCUUCCUCCUUGAUUACUUAGUCAAAUAAUCCAUCACCAUGUUUGAGGGCGCGGUGGCCGGGAUCCUCAACCGGCUGUUGGGCAAAUACGUCCAGGACCUGGACACGGAGAACCUUAACGUUGGCAUUUUCUCUGGCAAUGUCAACUUGACUGAACUGAAACUCAAGCCUGAGGCUCUGUACGAGCUCGACCUCCCAAUCGAUGUCAAAAUCGGUACCAUCGGCCGGAUCAACCUCCAAAUCCCCUGGUCCGGCCUCUACACUCAACCCGUCAUUGUCAACAUCGAAGACGUCCUAGUUUUAGUCGGCCCAGCCAUCUCCAACAGCUACUUCGACCCUGAACGGGAAAAACGACUCAGCAGAGCAGCGAAACGAAAGAUUCUUCAAGAUUUAGAAGCCGAGAGUGAGAUUCUGAAAGGCCCGCAGAAUUUCUUUGAAACUCUGUUUACGGCUAUAGUGAAUAAUUUGCAGAUUUAUGUCAGGAAUGUUCAUGUGCGGUAUGAGGACUCGAUCAGCUCGAAGGAUGGCCCGCUGGCUUGCGGAUUGUGUCUGCAGAGUUUGUCUAUUGAGACCACUAACAGCAAAUGGAAGCCCUCAGUAACUCCAGCGAACGCUUCAACAGUGUACCAGAUGAUGCGUAUAGAAUCCCUCUCACUUUACUGGAACCCAACAGCCACUGCUCUGGACGAUGCGGAAAUAGCCAACAUUACUCCCAUGCAGUAUUAUAACUGGAAGCAUUACAUGAUGACUGGCCUGGACAAGUUCUCGAUGCACCAUGAGGAUUUUGAGUUUUUGCUCAAACCGGUAACUUGCAAGGUCAAAGUCCUAAUCAACCGCUCGAGUGAAGCUCGCGUUCCUCGCCUGUUGUUGGAUGCCAUGCUGCAAGACAGUGCGUUGCAGUUGUCACGACGACAGUUCUUGUCUAUUGACAAUCUGCUGUCUUCUUUCCACAGGAUACAGCUGAACAGAAAAUACCGGCAUCUCCACCCAGGAGUGCCCCUAACCAAAGACAUCAAAAAAUGGUGGCGCUACGCCUACAACGUGGUCCUAGAACAGCGCGUCCGUCCCUACACCUGGGCAGCCGUACAGAAGCACCGAGCCAACUAUAAUACCUAUAAGAAGACUUAUAAGAGCACGCUGAGGAGUCCCCAUGAUACAGAGUUGAAGUUAGAUUUGCAGCAGUGUGAGGACAGCCUGCCGAUUAUAUCGGUGGUGAUUGCUAGAGAACAUGCCAAAUAUGAGUUGCUUUCUCAAGAACCUGACCGUAUUGAAGUGGUGGAGUCAGAGUUCGACUGGUGGCGGAGCGAAGAGGAGGAGCCGCGGGUUGAACUAUGUGUCAAGACUGAGAGGAAGACGCUGUGGAGUCAUCUCUCUAGCCCUGAGAGGAAAAAGGUUUGCGAGUUAAUAGGCUAUGUUGAAGGGGCACCAAAGGACAAGUCAAAACAAUAUAUCGAGCACAAACUAAAUUUAACACUAGCGAAUUGUUCCUUGACUCUUAUGAACAGAAAUAAGGAAGUGUUGGGGGUAACAUUGACGCAAUUCCUCGCGUCAUUGGAGACAAGACCUUCAGCUAAAGCUUAUAAGCUUUCCGCCCGAGCAGAAAGCAUAGUCAUGGAAGGUCUCUCCUCCGACGGUGAAUUAGUACCUCUCCUCACAGCAGAGAAAGGGUCCCCCACCAGUACAAAUCUACUAGCUUUGGAUAUUGAGAAGAAUCCGGCUAGUAGCGAAGCGGAUUACGGGCUGUGUUGCUUGUUGGAGCCGGUUGAAGUGACUUAUGUAGAGCACGCGUUCACCGAACUUAUAAACUUCUUCCAAACCCACUCGAUGACGUCAGAGGAACUAUUCGAAGAGUUAUCGCACGCCGCCGACAAGGCGGCUGUUAUGGGACGAUCGGUUCUGGCUUACGCUGUCAGCAGGAAGAAGAUGUUCCAUGUUAACGUUGAUGUGAAGGGUCCGUGCGUUAUUGUGCCAGAAUACGGGUGUGCUAGCAAGACUGGCAAGCUAAUGGUAGUGGAUAUCAGUCGUAUCAUCAUAAAGUCUGACCUGCAACCUUCAAAUCUGGCACUGGAAGACGCCACAUGUAUGGAGCUGGAGGAGAGGUUGUACGACAGGCUUCAUGCCGAGUGCUCUUGUCAGGUUCUGUUUUGUGAAGGAGUGGAGUCCUGGCGUGAAACAAGACGCCAAACUGACUCAGAACUACAUCUAGUGCCGCGUAUGAAGGCUCAAGUCGUCUUCUCAAAUAGUAUUAAGAAGGAUUACAAACUACUACCAAGAUACAAAUUAAACAUAUCUCUCUCAAGCGUAAAGCUAAACCUAUCGCAACGCACCAUCGCCUCUCUCCUGGAUUUCCUGGACAACCUACCCGUUCCCGUGCCGAACACUGUCCCGGUUUCCUUCAUGGACUCUGGGGAUUACGCUGAGGAGCUCGAGGUACCCGAAAUGACGGCUAUGAUGAAGGAUAAGGUGCCAUGUGACCCGGGACAUGACGAAUUAGUUAGGCUACGCCAAAAGAUUGUAGCCGCUUAUCUUAGCAAAAAUAAGGUAGCAGAGUCGACAUUCGACCGAGCUGGCGCGAAGCUGGGUUUCCAAGAGUCCAACCAAGUGUUUAUAUCAUCGGAACAUAGCGAUGAAGACAUGGAGGUGUACGCUCGUUCAGUGGACUUGCCUGGAUUUGAUGAUAAUGUAUCGCCGAGUAACAAUAUCAACACGUUGCUGAGAUUUGUUGUGGGUGAAAUCGUGAUUAACCUUUCCCGUUCAACAAGAGAAGAUAAAGAUCGUCCAUACGUCUUGCUAAGCAUCAGCAAGGUCUGCCUUGAUGUUGCUCUGAUGCAAUACGGGCCAGCCGUCCAGUUGUGUGUAACACAGGCGUCUUUGCUAGAACAUACUGAGACUGGAGAUGUGCUGCUGCUCAGUAGUUCAGGAGAACUACUCAAUCUGCUUUACAGGAAGGUUCGGGCCGACUGUCCAGACUUCCGUAGCCACUUUCACAGCGUUGAGCAGAGCUUAGUGGGUGACACUGGCCCUAUUGCUAUGUCGUUGAAUGCUCAGGGCCUCAAGUCACUGGUGCACUAUCUUCACUGCAUUUAUGAUGAAAUACAAACCCGACACGAGUUGAAUUUGAAGAAAGCACUCCUGCCGAAGACGAAAUCGCUCUGGGAUUAUUUGAUGCAGCCCGAAGCUGAUCCACCUGUACCUUCUGGCGCCACCAAAUUCAGUUAUUCUGUCAGAGUCUCUUCUGCUUCAAUAAAGCUGAGCCACCAACACGGUGCACUGUUAGAACUGAGAAUAUGUGGACUGGAAAGCGACUGUGUGUUCCGUGCCAAUGAUAGGAUGAUAUUCAAACUAUUCUUAGCAUCGGCACAUCUUGAUGACUUAGCUGGAGCAACUCUUUAUCCCAAACUGAUGUGGCCUGACGAAGACAGAGUCCUGGAAUUGAAGUACGUUCGCGCCGCCCCGCGAUACUACGGACGACAGGAAUUGAAGUCCCAUGGAGAGUUAAGAAUUCAUCUUGGGAGAGUUCAGCUGGUGUUACUGAAUUGUGCUUUACAUCAAUUGCAGCAAUUCCUGGAGCCACUGAUACCGUCCAGUGUGGCCACAGAGGCGGCAGUGGCAGCAGAAAAAGCCGCUGAGCGACAAGCAAGAGGCAUUAGGACUUGGAGUGCGAGACUAAACCUUGUCAUUGAGCUCCACGCACCUGUUCUAUUGCUGCCUCAGAAACCAUCAUCGCCUAACUUACUCGUCUUGAACAUGGGCGAUCUUCAGAUAGAGAAUUUCUUCAAGCAAGUAACGCGGGACGCGUCAAGUCCCGUACAGAGCCCUGUCAUAGACAACAUACUUGUCACGCUGACUAAUGUUACAUUGUCACGCGCUGUUAUGACUCUCGCCGGGAUACUUGAAGUGCAGGAACCAAUACUCGAGCCAGUAUCUCUCCGCUGCGACCUCAAACGAGCUGUCUCCUACCAGCAACAGAGCGCGUCACACCGCGACCUUUUAUUAUGCGAUGCCCACGUUACCAUGGAUACGGUGGUUAUGAACCUGGGGCAUAAGGAUCUAGCGACUCUGAGGGCUGUAUGGACUGAUAACCUUAGUGAAGCUAGAUAUAUCGAUAGUAUUAUUCCAAGCUCUCCAGUAGAAACACAACCAAGCGACGCGUCGGUAAAGAAGUUGCAAGCUUUCUUUGCUCAAGGCGAACCUAUACGAAAGGAGGCCGUUGUCAGAUUCACAUUGGAAGGCGUCGAACUAAAGCUGUUCUCCGAUAUGGAUGAAGUGCUAUCUUCUCCCGUCCGAGACUUGAACCAUGGACUCGCCAAACUAACUGCUGGCGAGGCGGCAGUACAGUUGGACUUCUUCUCUGAUAGCAGUACGGAGAUGAGAGCUAGCCUGCAGAGCUUGCUGGUGGAGGAUAUCAGACCGGAUCCAGGGAUUGUUAUAGAGAAAAUAUUCCAAUCUCAAUGCUACUCAAGCCGUGCUUCCACUGGCAUCUCAGUCUGCCGUCCGCCGCUCAUCGAUGCGACCGUCCGGAUGACCGGGGCAAGAGGCACGAGUUGUGACGUCAGAGUGGAUAGGACACGGAUCAACUUGUCUGUCCCAUUCUUGAUGGCGCUGUGUCGAGCACUAUUAGAAGCUGCGCCAGGUGAAAGAAGCAUGGAGGGUGGAGUGGUGAAUCAUGGAUACGUCGGUGAACACGCAAAAGGCAACAAUAACCGGCCCGCAAGAUUCCCUAGUUCUAGUGAUUCCACAAGCGGAUACUAUUCUGCAGCAACAUUAGUACCUGAAGAGUCUCCCGGCCUGUCCAUCUCCAUACAGUUCCGUCAGCCGGAACUCAUGUUCUUCACGGACCAGGGCAAGUCCGAAGGGCAUGCGUUGCUGCUUCGAACCGAAUUGCUUAUUGACUACUCGAGCCAUUCCAGUACUGAGAACUUCGUGGUUUCACUGGCUGGUCUCCAAAUAAUGUCCAAACUGCAGUCAAAACUGAAGAACUUACCCCCUCAAAUAGUUCUAAAACCUUGUGACAUCGAGUUUUCCAAGAGCUUCAAGAAUAUAGAAGAGGGAGUGAGGGUGACUGUUAAAGUUUCGGAGAUUGAGAUCCAUCUGGCGGCUACCACUGUGCAUACUGUUGUGGAUAUAAUGGAAGAAAUCCAGUCAGAACUAACGAUCCCUGACUGUGAGCCGUUCAACUUCGCCACCAACCCCAAGUUUGAAAGACAGGAUGACGAGCUCUGGGCUCCCAAGAAGAUAGCACCAUACGUCAUUGUCAACCCUGAAGAUAGCUAUGUCCAGCCAAAAUACCCAGCCGUUAAAGUGCAAGAAAGCUUCAGCAUGGUAGUGCCGAGUGUGAGAGUGCUACUCGAAGUUGAGCAGACUGUGCGCGUUCCUGUAUUAAUGUUCAAGUUAACCGGAGAGUUGACCCUACACGACUGGUCCCGCGCACUCCACGGAGGCGCGAGUCUCACGGCGCACGCGUCAUGUUACAAUGAUCGGUUGGACUGCUGGGAACCGUUGCUAGAGCCUGUCGUUUGUGAAGAGAAUGUGUACAGGCCUUGGGAGCUCACUGCGAGCAUCUUCCAGGCUAAAGCAUACCCGAUGUCGUCUCGCCUAGACACGACCAUUCACAAAGAGACAGACGGUGAAACGUUCACAGACGGUGCGAAACGCACGCGGAAACGCAGCGAGUUCGAGUCUGAGACGUCUGCUGAUGAAGACAACACGGACAACGAGAUGACGUUUAUAAAGAACCCACAAGGAAACAGAAAGGAUGCAGAAUACAGCGGCAACAUGUCAUUCCUUAACGCAUUGGACGUCGAUGAAUCCGACUCGGAGAAUGAAAAUGGGCUGAUGGAUAAAUUGGCCACUGCUAUGGGACAUCUAUUCACCGACGAUUCAAGCGCCGAGGAGUUAAGCAACGAUUCUGACUCGUCAGCACCUGAACAAAGCGAUGGAGAAACAGACAAGGAGGUCGAUAAGACUGUCUCUUUCAUCGACGGCGAGCGGAAAGAGAAAACUGUUACUGUUCAGGACCCCGUUCGCCAAGACAGCGUAGAUUCCGGCCUUGAAUCAGAAAGCGUCGAGCGUCUCUGCACAUACAUAGUCAUCGAAGCACGCUCAGCGCUGAAACUAACAGCGCAUGCAGCGCUAGGCCGAGCGCUGGCUGCGCUGAGUGUGGAUCGGACGGCUUGCGUGGGCGCUAUUGUAACUCCGCCUCAACAGUUGACGCUUACUAAUGAUAUACAGCCCGGCUCAACAGUUCAUCUAAAGACUCAUUCGGAGACCGACCUGGCAGGAAACGAUCGGGUGCUCAUCGUUGCAGAUUAUGACGUCGACAGCAGCAGACCGAGCACACCAGGAUGUGACACAUCGUCAGCAGACAUGUUGGAUGAUGCAGCUGAACUGAAACCGGAGACUACUGACGUCAAUGACGAUUGGGAUUGCUUGGAAGGCGGGUUUCCAUCAUCAGCUCUUGAAACCAAACCCACGACGUGGCAUUCCCCGCUAUCGCCACCACCGGACGCCCCUAAGCUACAUCGACGGCUUACCGACAAGACGCUUACUAUCAAGCUGCAUGAUUUGGAUGAACUCACGAUUCCGUGUCCGCAGCGCACUGUGUCCAAAUUGCACGUGUUACACCCGAGUAGGAACGGAACCCGCUACUAUAUUGUUGUCGAACGUACUUCCAGCUAUAACCAGCAGAAAAUUGUCGUACGAUCUCCUUUGCAACUGCGUAAUGAAACCUCAUACCCGCUAGAACUUUUCUACAAGAAGACGGACCUUCAAGCCAUUGGGGCUGAGCUAAUCGGAGCUGUCAGCAAUCCGUUUGACGACAAAAUGCGACUGGCGUGUGUAGCACCCCAAGACACCUAUAAUGUGCCACUGUAUAUAGCCUACCAUUGCAAGUUGUUCCUACUACCAGUGCUUGCUGACAAUUACCAAACCUCAACGCAGGGUAUCUGGUGGAUGGAACUGGCUAAAGAUCUGGGCAGUCCAAGGGAUAUAGUUUGUCCUGCAAAGUCUGAUGAAGACUCAAAGGUGUUUGCCAUGAGGAUACUCACAGUCGAAGGUUGCCCCUCCCCAAAAAUCACCCGCUCCAUCCCCAACUACCUAAUCCGCGUGCUUCCCCCCCUCGCUGUUUACAACCGUCUCCCCUACGCCCUAGAACUCACUUGUGGAGACAUCAGUAUGAGAGUGUCGGCAGGCGAGCGCACGCACACACACGCAUUAGAACUCACACAGGCGCAUAGAUUGACUGUGCAUGUGCAGUAUAUGGGGCUGCCUUGGACUGGUAGCUUCACUCUUUCGCCAGACGUGACGGAAAAGAACAUAACAAUGAGUACAGAAUGCGACACCCAGGGCGGGAAUAAACAGCUGGGUGUCCGGGCGUGGUUGCGAAGGGCAGACUGCUGGCAGCUGCAUCUGCAUGCGCCGUAUUGGAUUAUUAAUAAAACUACACUGCCGUUGCAACUCAAGGGUAGCCAUUCUGACACGGUGUACGAAGUGACAGACGAACCACUUCUUUGGUCGCCGGCGAGACGGCAUCGGCAAGCCGAUAAACUUCGACUGCGCGCGCAUCAGUCCGCGUGGUCCCGAGCCUGCCGCGCCGCCGCCGCCGCGCCGGGCCUUAUUGUUUGUGCGCAUACUGAGAGAAAGAUGAACUAUCGGAUCCUGCUCAAUGUAACACUCUCGGAGCUCUGCCCCCAACUGACCAAGAUCGUGACCCUCCUCCCCUACUUCCUGGUGUACAACGACAGUAAGCGGCACCUGCGGUUCAUGGAGGAGAACGAGGCGGCGGACCUCUGGAUAGACCUGGCGCCGCAGCAGUGCACACCGUUCUGGCCUCAGACCGACUCCAUGGCUAUGCACUGCAAGUACAGGGACUCGGGAGUCGUGAGCCAGCAUUUCCCGAUAACGAAGAAUCAUUUUACAGUACUGAGAAUGGAUAAGGGGUCGGCGAUCUCAGUAGAAGUGACUGGAGGUACAGACCGUCCAUUCACCAUCACCUUCAAGCCGUAUACGGCAGGCGACGCGCCCGUACGCAUUGACAACUUGUGUGACGACCUGUUCCUCAAACUACACCAGAAGGAAUCUGGACAGGUGGCACUGCUAAGUCCUUACCAGUCCAUGUUGUACACGUGGGACGAUCCUAGCAAAGAGCGGCAGUUGAUGUGGAACAUUUACAACAAUAAGGGAAAGGGAUACAUCGCUGACUUUAGCCAGGAUGGUAACGGCGAACAGAAAGUGAGCUUCCACUCAGUCAAGCAUUCCACUCUGGUGGCCACCAGCAGUGUUACCUCCAAACUGUCUUCAACCCUCAAGCGUCUCACGCCCAAGUCUCCAGAACCCUGCUCCUCCAGCUCCGACGACUCUGACAACGAAGACCCUCACAAGAAGAAGAUGAGGAAAGACAAAGUCAUCGUCUACUGGAUCUCCUACAUGGAAGGAUUACAACGAGUCUUCGUCCUGGCCCAAGACGAAAGAAUAGCCUAUCAGUACAAAAUGAGAAUCAACUCGGAAAAGAGCGACUACGAAGUCUACCUAUCCUUAGCAGAAGUCAGUCUAUCAGUCUGCGUUGACACGAAGCUUGGUGUUAAAGAACUAGCGCAUCUAAGUGUGACGGAUUCUUUACCGCUCUGGGAAGUCAAUGUCAGCCAUAAAUGGAAGAAACUAUCACCAGAUUUAACAGCUUGGAUUGAGGAGAAAUAUCAAUCUGAACAAAAGAAAUGCCAGUUAAAAGAAUACAUUCAUAUAGAUUUAGAAAAAAUGCAAAUGACUAAACCAUUCUUUUCAGAACUUCGAAGAACGUAUAACCCAGGUGUUUGGUUACAGUUGAGAAAAUCAGACACAUUGACUUAUUGUCAUUUAAAAUUACAGAGAUUACAAAUAGAUAACCAGCUAAGCGAAGCUGUGUUCCCUAGUGUUUUAUACCCAGCCCCUUUGCCAAACGCGCGAUCUACGCGCGGCCCAAAACCGAGCAUAGAACUUGUAGUUUUAAAGCAACACAGACCUGCUUUGAACCAAGAUGUUUACAAAUACUUAAAAGUACUAGUGCAAGAGCAUUAUGUGAAUUUGGAUAGGGGAUUUGUUAACUACGUAUUUGAUAUACUAAACCAUUGGAAACUGGAAGAAAAGCCAGCUGUGAGACUAAGAGCGGAUUUGGCUUUAGUUCAUAUGCCUUUACCGAUCAUAGCUCUGAAAUCUCAGACUAGCGCGCAAAGGAAUAUAAUUUUCGAGUUCGUCCACUUGUCACCGAUAAAAUUGGUGUUAAGUCUGUCUUCUAGGGGGUAUUUUGGGGAGAACCCGAAUAGUCCGACUAGGACGAGGUUUUGCAGUAAGAAGGAGAACCGGCCUAAGCUGUUUAAUAGUGAUUUGUUGGAGUACCUGUUUAAUUCCUGGGGAUCUUCACUGUGCGAUAUGAAGGAUGUUGUUUUAAGAAUGGCCUACCUAGAGAUUCGAAACGCACCCAUCACCACCACAGCUCUUAUCGACACAGCCUCUCGUUUCUACUGGACGCAACUAGUCCAGCAGUUCUACGUUUUGGUCCUUGGGCUGAAUAUACUGGGCAACCCGUAUAGUACUAUAGGGGAUUUCUGUCGCGCCUUGAAGCAUUAUUAUGAACCUUACCUGGGCACAGUCUGCGGGCGACAAGAAGACCCGUCAGCUCGCCUGGAGCUGGGCGCCGCGCGGCUGCUGGGGCAAGCGGCCGGCGCCGCGCAGCCCGCGCUCUUUGACGCCACACCUGCCCGCCGGCGCGCAGUUGAAGACGGCGCGCUAAGCAACGACCUGCCGGAGAAGGUUCUAGAAGCGAGCCGGAGUCACCCAGCCAGUGUCGCUCUGGCGCUGUCUGGACUUGUGGCUAGACCCAGCGUCGAUAUAUGUCGAGAAGCGAUGCGCGCCGCCGCCGGCAGCGGCGGAGCUAGUGCUUUACGUGCGGUGGCUGAACGCGCUGGGCAUAGACUCGUAGCAAGAGCAAGGUUGCCGAGACACUGCUCUAAUACUGAGGGUAUCCGGCCAUACUCUCACCACGAGGCGCUCGGUCUUCAGCUACUAACCCUGCUGGGGAGAGGGCAUUACGCGGAUACUGAUGCGUACCUCGCGCACGCUCAUUUGGCUCCGACGAAUUGCAGUUUACUUGUAUCCACGCAGCAUAUCUUCAUGGUCCGAUCCGGCGGCGUGAGCAACUCGUGGCAUAUCGAGUGGGUGCUCAAGUUAGACGACAUCAUCGGAGCGCCCACUGUCAACGGGGACAAACUCAUUCUUAAUGUUAAACAGGACGAGAUGGUAAACUACUUCUCGACGGAUGAGAAGGUAAUCGAAGUCCCGGACCCCGCUGUCCUGGAGUGGCUUCGAGCGAAGAUCGAGUGCGCGCUAGUAUUGGCUUUGGAAGAUAAGCGGUGUCCCACAGAUUAGACAAGGUUUUGGUAACGUUAUUUUAUUUUAAAAAAAAGUAAUGACUACGAGGGUUUUUUUUUUGGUGCUAUGUUACCCAGUGUUAAUAUUAAUUGAUAAAAAAAGUCAGAGAAAAAAUUUCGUCCGUACUUUGUUCGUUUUGUGGCAUCUGGAUUAACAAUCACUAAAUCAGCAGGUUUAACAUAACCGAUAUUUUAAUUGCAUCUAUUGAUAAAAGUUAUUUUUUUUUUCAAUAUGUAUAAAAUUUGUACACGAGGUCUGAGGAGGAUGAAUAAACAAAAAUAGCCGGAUGUCCUCAAUACAAUAUCUUGGUGACUAAACUUCAAAAGUUAAAUAAAGCCA